AUGUCAGAACCAGAUACGGCAUCGUUGUUGGCACGCUUGACGCUGGAUGAAAAACUAGCAUUGCUGGCGGGAGAAUCUCAAUGGCGAACCGCGGCAAUUGACCGCCUUGGGAUUCCUUCUCUUAAGGUAUCAGACGGGCCAUCUGGAGCUCGCGGUGAAGUCUUUGGAGAGGGCAUUCCGGCGGCGUUUCUGCCCUGUGGCGUGAGUCUCGGGGCAACAUGGGACCCGGAUCUUCUGUACGAAGUUGCACAAUUACUGGGAGAUGAGUGCAAAACAAAGUCUGCGUCGGUGCUUCUCGCUCCCACAAUCUGUAUCCCGCGACACCCAUUGGGCGGGCGCAACUUUGAAGCGUUCAGUGAGGAUCCUUAUGUCACUGGCAAGCUGGCUGUAGGCUAUGUUCGAGGCAUCCAGUCCCGCGGCAUUGGGGCUACGCCCAAGCAUUUUGUUGCCAACGAUCAGGAAACGAAAAGAUUCAAAUACAAUGUCAAUGUGGCUUCUCGUGCCUUGCGGGAGGUUUAUCUGUUGCCCUUCCAAAUGAUCGCCCGUGAUGCCGAUCCCUGGUGCAUGAUGAGUGCCUACAACAAGGUUAAUGGCCAUUAUUGUGAUGCAUCUCGCGAGCUAUUGAUCGAUAUAGCCCGUGGAGAAUGGGGCUGGCGCGGGGUUUUCAUGAGCGAUUGGGGAGGAACCACUUCCACGGUUGCGUCGAUCAACAACGGACUGGACCUCGAAAUGCCUGGUCCUCCUACCAAGCGCUCAAAGGAGGCACUCGAAAAGCCCAUCCAGGAAGGUCUGGUGGACCUGAGUCGCGUAACUGAGUCUGCUGACCGCAUACUCGGUCUUCUCAAGCGGGCAGGCCGGUUUGCUGACCCGAGGGAUGACCCUGAGGUGUGCGAUGACACACCAGAGAAGAGAGAUCUCCUGCUCCGCGCAGCUACCGCGGGGAUUGUGAUGCUGAAAAACGACUCCGAGGCCCUCCCUCUGAGACCAACCGAAAACCUUCGCAAACUUGGCAUUUUUGGCCCCAAUGCGCAGAGGGUAGUUGCCGGAGGAGGAGGAAGCUCCUAUAUCAAAGCUCCCUACUGGACUUCGGUUCAAGACUCGGUAAUGAAUGAGUUCCGUGACUCUCCGGUGGAGAUUGUUACUGCGGAAGGAGCAAAAGUCAACCGAUACCUCCCGGUUUGUGAAGUGGCUAAGAACCCGGACACCGAUAGACCAGGUGCUGCUGUCGACUGGUACAACAGCAUCGACUGCAAGGGCGACAUAGCAGCGAUCACCCACGUCGACGAUUUAUAUUUCAUGUCUUUUGGCACCGUCCCACCCGAAGUUCAAGAUGCCACGAACUUCUCAUUCCGCCUCCGUGCCAAAAUCCAGCCCCGGACAACGGGUUCCCACGCAGUCUCCCUAGCCUCCAUUGGGCCGGCAAAGCUGAGCCUCGAUGGUAAUCAGUUCCUUGAGCAAUCCGGGGAUUACGAGGAGAAGGGCAGUCUGUUCUUCACGUACGGCAGUGAGGAGAAAGUAGUGUCUCUUGACUUCGUGGUGGGAAAAGAUUAUGAGCUCCAGGUUGACUACCAAUCUCAUGGUCGCCAACACGAUCCCAAACUUUCUCAAAUGCUCGACCCGAUGGAAGAUCAGUUCCAGGGUAUCCGAGUUGGCUUCCGGGAAGCCGAUCAACUGGACCGACCUGCCGAGGCAGCCGGACUGGCCGCAGACUGUGACGCCGCAAUUGUUGUUGUUGGCCGAGAUAAGGAGUGGGAGACUGAAGGUCAAGACAUUCUGUCCUUUGAUCUGCCAGGCGAGGAGGUGCGUCUCAUCCGUAGCGUGGCUGCUGUUUGCAAGCGAACAAUCGUGCUCGUCCAAGCUGGAACACCAGUGAACAUGGAACCUUGGAUUCAGGACGUAGACGCCGUUCUCUACAUCUGGUACCAGGGCCAGGAACUGGGCAACGCAGCCGCUGCUGUUCUGUGUGGUCGGGCGAACCCUUCCGGUCGACUUCCCAUCACCUUUCCGCGACGCAUUGAAGACUGUCCUGCAUUUUCGUCAUUUCCUGCAGAGCAGAACGAGAUUCACUAUACCGAAGGUUUAUUUGUUGGCUAUCGUUGGUGGGAUUUGUUGGCUACCAAGCCACUUUUCCCGCUCGGGUUCGGCCUCUCAUACAACACCUUUGAGGUUGUGCCGGGCUCGAUCAGUACCCAUAUCGUGACUGAAAGUGGCUCGAAUUUGACUCUGACGGUGCAUGUGACCAACACGGGGGGAGGUGAUGUGGCUGGCCGCGAGACAGUGAUUGCGUGGUUCUCCCAGGCUGGAUCAAGUCGAUUGAGGCGGCCAAAGAAGCAAAUCUGCGCAUUUGCCAAGUCUCGACCAUUGUUGCCUGGUGAAACACAGGAGGUGGAGCUCAAAGUAGACCAUCAGGCAUUUGGGAUGUUCGAUCCCAGCAGAAAGCUGUGGGUCAUUGACGCCAAUACCGAGCUGGAGAUUAUGCUGGGAACAACAGCAUCGAAUGCAGUUCCUGCGUGGCGUGUGAUGGUAGAUCGGGAGAUAGUUUGGACCCGAUAA